AUGAAAGAAGGCACAGCGAGGAUAGGGGAGGGGGAACAUGGUGUCUGUGUGUCUGUGUGUGGUGUCUGUGUGUGUCUGUGUGUGGUGUCUGUGUGCUUGUGUGUGUGGUGUGUCUGUGUGUGUGUGUGUCUGUGUGUGGUGUCUGUGGUGUGUGUGUGCAGGGCGGAUCGGGCAGCGGAGGGGCCGUCGUUCAGCGGUGUGUGUAAGUGUUUCUCUCGGACUAAAGGACACGGCUUCAUCACACCAGCCGAUGGAGGCAGCGACAUCUUUGUCCACAUCUCAGAUAUCGAGGGGGAAUACGUGCCAAUGGAAGGAGAUGAGGUGAGCUAUAAGGUGUGCUCCAUCCCUCCCAAGUACCAGAAGAUCCAGGCGGUGGACGUCACCAUCACCCACCUCAACCCAGGAUCGAAGCACGAGACCUGGGGCGGGGCGCUGCUCAGCUCCUCCUGAGUCCCGGAGGUUUCUGGAGGGGAGAAAUGGCAACAGGGAAAGGGUCCUUUUCCCGAAGGGACAUAUGGGUUAAUGCUUGUUGUGGGAGGAAAUGGAAAGGUUGGUAUUUGAAUAGAGAAGACGUGUAUCAUUAGACGGGAAGGUUAAUUAAAUAAAGCUGCAUCGCUUCAACAAGA